AUGUACAUACCCCAGGAGAAGUAUCUUCGCACUGUCAAAGCUGAGUUGCAGCAACGAUUGAACAUCAUCUCCCAAUGGAAUAUCCAGCCCGGCUCCAGAAUCCUGGAAAUAGGCUGUGGACAGGGUGAUAGCAUUGUGAUUCUAGCUAACCUGGUGGGAGAGGAGGGUCACGUUACGGGAGUUGACCCUGCACCGCUGGACUAUGGGGACCCCUUUACUGUCGCCCAGGUCCAUGCAAAUCUUAAGUCGUCCGCUCUAGGUCCCAGAAUCACCUUCGAGCAGGCUACAUUGCAAGAACAUUUGGAGUCCAACCCAGACACCCAAUAUGACUAUGCCAUAUUCACGCACUGCCUCUGGUACUUUGGAUCCCCUGAAGAACUCAACCCGAUGCUAGCAAGCCUCCGUGGCCGAGCGAAGAGAUUACUAAUCGCAGAGUUCUCACUGGACGCGCGUGGGGACCGGACGACUGUUCCUCAUCUGCUCGCUACUCUUGCGCAAGGGGAAGAAUCUAGUCGAGUGGCAGGGGUGAAUUAUGAUAGCAACAUCCGGUCACUGCACACCCCGAUAAGCAUUAAGAAAGCUGCCUCCGAAGCAGGCUGGGUAUUAGACAAGGAGAGUUAUGUAGACAAUCCUCCGGAAGCAUUAGAUGGUAGGAGAGAGGUCCAGGCUGUCCUAUCCAAGGAAUAUGAAAAGGGAAUUGCUUGUGAGCCGGAUGAGAUUAGAAGGAGGUUUGCGGAGGCAUUGGUAGAGGCUCUUAAAGCUGCAAUAGAUUCUCUGGGCCCUGGAGAGGAGGUGAGGACGAUGAGUAGCUGGUUGGGAUGCUUUGCAUGA